CAACUUUCAGAAUUUUCUCUUUAUUUCAACACUAUAAUUUUUUUAUAAAUUCCCCCCGUAUUCUUACCAUAUGUAUAAUCGUAUUCUUAAAGUGUUCAAAUCACAAAUCAAAUUUGUAUUCAUAUUCUAGUUAGUCGAAUUCUAAUAGAUAUCUUAGAAUUCGAACACUAAUGGACUAUAAAAAGUUGAGGGAAGAGGGGUUUAUAUUUAGCCGCUUGUUUGCAGACUUUCGAUGCUCGUUCUAUCACUUGUUCCUCUUGCGCGGUACUCUGCUCCUGAAUCUUCCUGGAUCGAUCGCAGGUUACAGCUUUGAGGUACAAUGUUUAUAGAAACAUAUAGCGGCUGCUUGAAAAGUAAAACAAUGAAGGCACGAUAUCAAAUCGGAAGUUUCUAAGGCUUCAUUUAUGGCCCAUGCCAAAGGUUGCACGUCGGUUGUUAUUGGUUGCGGGUGUCCUUCGUAGGAGAUAGAUGCUCUCCGGAGGUUGGUUGUGGUUUCCGUCAUCUGUAAUCCUUGAUUCGAGAGGAGAAUCCGGGUCAGGUUUGCUGGGUCAUGAGUCUUGGGUCGUAGGUAAGAGUGCUACCUCACGCUGCUGCAAUACUCCUCCUCCCUGGUCCCUCUCCUCCUCUGCUCUGCCCUCCUCCUUUGUGUGCUAUGCUCCUCCCUAUGCUGUAGAUUUGCUCUAAGUUUUAGAUAAAAGCUACCCUUCAGCGGGUUACCACAGAGUCAUGGACCAUAAUCUGGGUGAUCAAGUUGCUGAGUCCUAACAUCCAAAGCUUAUAUUCUUCUUCAAGCACAUGAACACCAUUCCCUCUUUUCCUGUCAAGAUUUCUACCUCUCUGUACAUGUACGUGCAACCCACUUCUCGUCUCACCAACGCACUCUCCGCCACAGUUAGAGCGACCCAAAUCCCCACCAGGACACUAUGCCACUUGGACUGCGCAACCACGAUUGCGAUCCAUAUAAAUUCCUGCACGAACAUUCUGCACCUCGGGCAAAUUCAGGCCAGGCUGAUCCGGACCCGUUUUCAAGAUUUUUACACAGCACCCUUUUACUGGAACAUCAUCAUUCGAUCGUACACAAGACUAGACUCUCCCAAGAGGGCAAUACAAGUGUUUGUAGAAAUGAUGAGAGAUGGUGUAGCUGGAGAUGAAUAUACCAUGCCCAUCAUGUUGAAGGCAGUUUCUCACAUUUCGAACUAUAUUCUAGCAAAACAGCUACAUGGUCAUGUGCUAAAGCUUGGGCUCAGCGCUAAUAUGUAUUGCGAGAGUGGGUUGAUAAGCUUAUAUGCAAAAACGUGUGAGUUUAAGAAUGCGUGGAAGGUGUUUGGUGAAAAUAGUGAGAGCAUGUUGGGGUCUUGGAACGCUAUGAUUUCUGGGAUGGCACAAGGAGGGAGGGCAAAAGAAGCAGUUGACAUAUUUAUGGAGUUGAAGAAGGCUGGAUUUCGUCCUGAUGAUGUGACUAUGGUUAGUGCUACAUCUGCUUGUGGGAAUUUAGGGGACCUGAGUUUGGGUUUGCAAUUGCAUAAAUGUGUGGUUCAGGUGAGGGUGGAUGAGAAAUGUGAUAUGUUGAUGAUGAAUUCACUCAUUGAUAUGUAUGGGAAAUGUGGGAGAAUGGACCUUGCCCAUAGAGUGUUUUCUGGGAUGAGAAAAAGGAAUGUAUCAUCGUGGACGUCUGUAAUUGUUGGCUAUGCCCUGCAUGGACAUGCGAAGGAGGCUCUUGAGUCCUUCCAUUGCAUGAGGAGGGAAGCCGGUGUGAGGCCUAAUCAUGUGACCUUUGUGGGUGUUCUGAGUGCUUGCGUGCAUGGUGGGAAUGUAGAAGAAGGAAAGCAUUAUUUUAGGAUGAUGAAAAAUGAAUAUAAGAUCAUGCCAAUGUUACAACAUUAUGGGUGCAUGGUUGAUUUGCUUGGGCGGGUAGGGUUGCUUGAAGAGGCAAGGGAAAUGAUCGAGGGGAUGCCGAUGAAGGCAAAUGUGGUGGUCUGGGGAUGCCUUAUGGGGGCUUGUGAAAAGCACAGGAACGUGAAAAUGGGAGAAUGGGCAGCUAAGCACUUGCAAGAGUUAGAACCUUGGAGUGAUGGGGUGUAUGUAGUUUUGUCCAAUAUUUAUGCUAGUAGUGGUCAUUGGGAUGAUGUGGAAAGGAUGAGAGAUAUUUUGAAGGAGAGGAAACUAUGCAAGGUUCCUGCAUUUAGCUUACCCACAAGUUUGGACUGAAGAGUGGCUCCUCAUCUAGCUGCGUUUCCAAUUUGUCACAGGCUGUGUUAUUGCCAAAAGCUAAGUGGCUUAUUCUCUAGAUUAAGUAGAGCUUCUUACUUAUUUGGCUGAAAUGGGAUUUUCUUUUAGAAAAUUGUGCAGCUAUUUCAGACGAUUAACACUUACCUAUGUGGACGCUGCAAUCAAUGCUCCUACUUGUUAGUAGAUGGGAUUCUGUUGGGACGCGAAUCAACGCUGUAUAAAUGUGACCGUGUGACGGUCGGAUGGGAGCUUUACCCCUGAGGUUACUCAUGAUGGCAUGUUUGGUUGUUGCACUGUUGACGGGUUGCAAUUAUAAUUUUCAAGGAUGUUGUGCUUCAUCUCGAUCACAUUGUUCUUACCCUCCAAGAGUGAGAGAGUGUUUGUUGAUGGUAAACAAAUCAUGAUUGGUUUUGAAAGGUUUAAUUUCAAUAAUGUCAUACGAUCUAUUUUCAGGUACGCCACAAAGCUCAGAAAGAGCGUGUUUCAAUAUCAGAUUGUGUUAGUAACUCUGAAAUGGUAUUGUGCCUUUACAUGAAACUAUAUAUAUAUAGACACACACACACACAUGUGUGUGUGUGUGUGCUUGUGUGUGUAUGUGUGAAUAUAUAUCACAUUUUCCAAAAAAAUUAAGUUGUUGGUUACGAACAUUUAUUCAAAUGAACAUCUGCGGUAACUGGAUUUUGCUUCAUGGAUAUCUGGAUUUUGCUAGUGACAUUAUAAUUUCAAAAUUAUGAAAGGCGUGUAAUGAAGUCUUUUAACAUUUUGUUAGGGUUCACUUCUGUAAACCUUUAGAAGUGACUUUGACGAUGCUGAUAUGUCAGCAAUUCAGUAUUUAACUGCUAAAUACUUCUGCCAGCAAUGCAGUAUUUAACUGCUAAAUACUUCUCUAGGCAAUUUGGAUGCUUAUCUCUGCCAUUCUUUUAAGCUUAAGCUGAAUAUAUAUGGAGGUGAUUUUACAGUAAAGUUGGACUCUUACAAGUGUCAGGCUGUCAGCAAAGUAUGAAAAGUGAUGAAGAUGCUCCUGUAGUAGUAAAAAAAGACAAGACAAACUCACAAGGUAGAAUUCCAGUUCGUUUGUAUGUCCGGAGCUCUAGUGAGGAUUUUCAUUGUGUAGACGAUGCACCUUUGGUUGAGAGUUGGGACAAGAUCUCUUACAUCAAUCGACCUGUUGAGAUUUAUGAAGAUGGCUGGUAGAACAAAUUAAAUUCAGUAAUUGCAUUUGCUGUGUCCAGUAUCAAUCCUUUGGGUUAACUUGUCAUCCUCAAUAGUCUGGCUGGUGCAAUGACUAUUAAAGGUUGAAGCUGAUGAGAAGUUGCACAAAGUGUCACUUCCUCUAAAGUGAAGUGAAAUAUCCACCAUUGCUGAAAUAUCCUUCCUUUCCUUGGCAAACUUUUCACAUGGACAGUUUCUUGAAAGGGUUUGCUUGGAAAUUGGACAUCAAAUUCUCAAGGGGUUUGGGAGGGAUAGCUAUGCAGGGCUUAAUUUUUAUCUUAAUAUUUGCAUAUGAGAUUUUAGAUAAUUUUUAUCUUAAUAUUUGCAUAUGAGAUUUUACAUAAUGUCCCACGUCUCUUGUAUAAGUUAUGUAUUACUCAUUCUGAGCGGUAAGCCAAUUCCAUGGGAAAAAUGGGCUAGAAUAUUUCAGCCAUACCAAUGAGGCAACGACUAUGUAUUUUAAAUUGGGA